AUGCCCGUAGCCUUCCCUCCAGCCGUGCAGCAGCUUCCCGGGUACGCGGGAAAUCCCGGUUCGGUGCCCGUGAAGUUCCCACCAGAGAAUUAUCCUCCGGCACCGGCGUUCCAGCAGCACGCUUCCAUGGCUCCUGCUCCUUCACCGGGAUACCCGGUCCAGCGUCCUCCUCCGCUGACGCCGGGGGGGUUCGUCCCGCAGGGGAGCUCGCCUUGGACGACUGGUAUCUUCGAUUGUAUGGAGGAUCCCACGAAUGGUAAUGACUCUCCCUUCUCCCUUCCGUAAAACAUCUUCUCUUCUUCUCUGUACAAGAGAAAACUCACACGCUCUUCUGCUCUUCGGAAACUCCUGGCAGCUGUCAUGACGUUGUUGCUGCCAUGCUUCACCUUCGGACAAAUCGCAGAGAUCAUCGACGAAGGCCGUUCGAGUACGUGAAAAAAGUCAACGGCGCCGAUUUCUCCCCAGGAGUUAAACUUCCGCUCGGGUUCUCUAACUAGGUUUCUGUUCUGAUUCUGCAGCAUGCAGCACGAACGGAGCGAUGUACGGUUGCGUGGCCUUCCUGAUCGGGAUGCCGUGCCUGAUAUCGUGCGGGUACCGCUCGAGGCUGCGAGCCAAGUUCGACCUCGUUGAGACGCCGGCGCCGGACUGGGCGGUGCACUGCCUCUUCGAGUGUUGCGCCCUCUGCCAGGAGUACAGAGAGCUGCGCAACAGGGGCUUCGACCCCGAAAUAGGUGAGUGCAGAGACUGCUCUACGAAGCCUAGGCUUCGUACUCUAGCUGCUGAUUCUGGGCGACAUUUAAAAGAAUUUAUCUCUAGGGAUAAGGGUUCUAGAUUGGUCAAGAGAUUUCUUCCAUGUUACCGCAGGUUGGCAUGCGAACAUGGCGAGAAAUCGAGGAGUGGCCAUGACGCCUCCAGUGAAUCAGACAAUGACUGGUUGA